AUGAAACAUCUUUGUUUUAAUAUAUUAUUAUUAUAUUGCGUUGUAUUGGUUUUAUUUUUAUUGUUCUCACAGGUUAAUGAUCAAAAGAACUAUUACAGUACACGAUAUACACAAAAAUCUAAACCAACGACAAAUAUUACAAUUAGAUUAUUAUGCGAAUAUGAAUCAUAUGACUUAUAUAAACCAACAUAUUAUGUUGGCGACUCAGAAAUGAAAGAGUUGAUGGAUAAAUAUCAUAGACAAACGGCGGAACGUUUUAAAGAAUAUGACGAAAGGAUGCAACAAAGACGCAAAAUAUGUAAGGAACAAUGUGAAAAGGAAAUACAGAAAAUUAUUUUAAAAGAUAAAAUAGAAAAAGGAUUAACAGAAAAAUUGAGUGCGUUGAACACAAAUAUAACUACCGAGGAUAUACCCACUUGCGUUUGCGACAAAUCGGUAGCAGAUAAAGUGGAGAAAACAUGUUUGAAAUGUGGAUGGAUAUUGGGAGGGGGUGUGGCACCUGAAUUGGGUUUGUUAGGUGGAACUGCUUUAUAUGCAAUAAGUGUGUGGAAACCUAAAGCUAUUGCUGCUGCUGCUGUACUCGCUGCAAAGAAAGGAGCGAUUGUAGGUAAAGCUACAGGUAUUGAGGCGGGUGUUCAAGAAGUUAUUAAAUCGUUAUAUCAUAAAUUUGGUGUAGAUCAAUUAGGUGCCUCGCAAUUGCAAACCAUUGUUACUUCACAAAAUUUUAAUAAUUUUAAUACUAUUUCUGGACCUUUUAAGGUACAUUAUAGUAUUAAUUGCGUAGGUCCAAGCGCUCAGGCAGACAGUACAUCCCUUUGCCUUUUUAAAGAUUCUUUUCCUGAGGUAUCGGAGGCUCUUAAGGCUAUAGAAGGAAAUGUAAAAACUAUUGUAACAAAAGCUAUGAAAACAGUUGAAACCACUACUCAAACUGAAACUACCAAACUUACUUCCGAGUUCACAGCUCAAAAGACUGCAGAGAUAACGGCUUUUAGUACUACCUACAAUACUGCUAUUGUUGCUUCCAUUAUUGCAAUAGUAGUUAUAGUUUUGGUUAUGGUUAUAAUUUAUUUAAUUUUACGUUAUCGUAGAAAAAAGAAAAUGAAGAAAAAAUUACAAUAUAUAAAAUUAUUAAAGGAAUAG